AUGCCUCGUGGAAACGCCCAACAGACAAAGGUCGUCUACAAGGGCAAGAGCGACGACUUCGUCGUCUACGUUGACUCGAUCGAGGACCUCCAGAAGUGGAAGAAGGACUCGUCUAUUCCGCUUGCGCAGGUGGUCAAUGGGUGGAAGGUGUUUUGUACACACAAACAAGGCGCGCAAGGCAUCAUGGACGAAGCGUCCAAGGCCAACCUAUCUGACGAGUUUGGCACCGCCGAUGAGGAGGAGGUCAUGAAGAAGAUAUUGCAAAGCGGGUCACCGCAGGUCGGAGUAGCGAGCGAGCGCCAGGGAGACACCAACAUCAGCAAGGGUGCUCAGGUCGCCCAUUAA